AUGGAGGCCCUGUAUAUUACCCAGUGUCACGGAACUCGACACUGUACCUCAACCUUCCAAGACGCGCUGACAUCGCCCUCGCUCUCCCGGUCUGGGCAGCCAGCCCCACUUAUGCUUCUCCCUGAGAAGCCUGUCACCGAGAGCGACGUCGACUCCAAGAACGUGAUGACUCCUGUGGCUCGUCCUGUUGUCUUCGAAGAGGUCGUAACCCCUCACACAGCCGCAAUCCUUCUUGAAGGAGAGAAGAUUUGGCGGCGCCCUUCCCCCGUUCUGCUUUUCAGUAGCAGCUCCCCCGGCUCCAAGGAUCACCGUCUGCGGAGUGAGGCUCAGGAUCUCCAGGCUACACAACAAAACCUGGGUGACAAGCAGGCGCCCCACAAGCAGUCGAAGUCGUUUUGGGAUAUCGUGAACGUGAUCUUGGUUGCGGCAGUUGCCUCAAUCGUGUUUUUCAUUUCAGCUUUUUUCUUCAUUGCCUACAUCGCUCCGCCUUUGUUCGAGCUUACCACUCUGGACAAGCAGACUUCUAGUCAUGCAGUCGCGAUCCACGAGGCUGCUGCCCGAGGAACACAUACCUAUAGAAGCCACAUAGACGGCCAGCCAGUCAGUUCGCCAGUGCUUCUGAAGUGA